CGAUAGAAACUUCGAAAAUUCUUUCAAGACAUUAUGGCUUUCAUUCUGAAGAAGAUGAGGUGCAAGACUAUUCGUCCUGAUUGCGUCAAGCCCAGUAUUAUUCUUCCACGUUCUGUGAAGGUCAAGAAGAUAGCUUCAGAGUCUGGGAUGGAUGUUUCCAGGCUACAGAUUUCUCUCCAGAGGCUAUCAGUCUCCGAUUUUAGCAACUGCAGCUCGCUGAUUUCACUAAAUGAUUUAUCGAACUCUCUUGUUGGAUCAAAUCUGCAUUUUUUUACCCUCCAGGAGCUGCAAGUGAUGACCAAUAAUUUUUCCAGGGAUGAGCUCCUUGGAAGAGGUGGGUUUGGAAAAGUGUAUAAAGGUUUCAUUGAUGACAGACUUAAGCCUGGCUUGAAGGCUCAGCCUGUGGCUGUUAAGGUCUUGGAUUUAAAUGGCUCUCAAGGUCAUGAUGAAUGGCUGGCCGAAGUGAUCUUCCUGGGACAAUUGAAGCAUCCCCAUCUUGUGAAAUUGAUCGGAUGUUGCUGUGAAGAUGAGCACAGGCUUCUGGUUUAUGAAUACAUGCCACUUGGAAACUUGGAGAGCAAAUUAUUUGAAAAUUAUUAUGCACCAUUGCCAUGGUUAACAAGAAUAAAAAUCGCAAUAGGAACUGCUGAGUGUCUAGCUUUUCUCCAUGGAGAAGCAAAACCAGUAAUAUGCAGAGAUUUAAAGUCUUCAAACAUCUUACUAGACAAGGAUUAUGUUGCUAAGCUCUCUGAUUUCGGAUUAGCUAAGGAUGGUCCACAGGGAGAUGAUACACACAUUUCAACCCGUGUCAUGGGCACUGAAGGCUAUGCAGCUCCGGAAUACCUACAAACUGGUCACCUGACGACUAUGUGCGAUGUCUAUAGCUUUGGCGUGGUGCUUUUGGAGCUACUAACUGGUAAGAAAAUUGUUGACAGAAACCGGCCCAGAAAAGAGCGGUAUCUGGUGGAAUGGGCUAGGCCGAUGCUCAAAGACUUCAAUAAACUUGAGCAAAUUUUGGACCCAAGACUUGAAGGCCAGUACUCAACAGAGGGAGUCAAAAGGGCUGCCAAAUUGGCUUAUCAAUGCCUAAGGCGUGACUCCAAGGCUAGGCCCACAAUGAGCAAUGUGGUCAAGACUUUAGAGCCUCUCCUGGACAUGAAUGACAUCCCAAGGGGACCCUUUGUUUUCAUUGUUUCACCUGAAGGCAACACAAGUUUUGUGCUUAAUAACAAUGAUGAAAAGGGUGAAGAAAAGGAGGAGAAGAAGGAUGACAAAAGCAGCCAUCGGUAACGAAAGGUUCAACAACAACGGCGUCGGACUAGGCCAUCAAGGUCUAGAGCUGUAUAUUUUGAUACUGCUUUGUAUAAAGCCCUUGGAAGUAGACUGUACUCUCUCAAGAACUAGAGGCAAUAGUGGGGCAAAAUGAGGCAUAGCUUUUAGCAUUAAGAUGAUCAAUUUUCUUUUGGCACUAUUUCUAGAGUGAUGUAUUUGCAGAAUA